AUGUCUUCCUCUAAGGUCUCAGUGAUGCUCUCCCUCUCUGCUGUGUUGUUAAGUUCCCUCCUGGCCAUGGCUGCUGCUGGCAAUUUCUAUCAAGACUUUGACAUCACGUUCGGCGAACAACGUGCUAAGAUACUCAACGGAGGACAGCUUCUCACACUCGACCUCGACCAGUAUUCCGGAUCUGGUUUCAAGUCCAAGAAUGAAUAUUUGUUUGGAAGGAUCGACAUGCAAAUCAGACUUGUUGCUGGCAACUCAGCUGGAACUGUCACUGCAUAUUAUUUGUCUUCUCAAGGUCCAACUCAUGAUGAAAUCGAUUUCGAGUUUCUGGGAAACUCAACUGGAGAACCCUACACUCUCCACACCAAUGUGUUCAGCCAGGGAAAAGGGAACAGAGAGCAACAAUUCCAUCUUUGGUUUGAUCCAACAAAGGCCUUCCACACCUACUCUCUUGUGUGGAACAGCCAACGAAUUAUAUUCUUGGUGGAUAACAUUCCAAUUAGAGUGUUCAACAACUUGGAGUCAGUUGGUGUUCCAUUCCCCAAAAACCAACCGAUGAGGAUUUACUCCAGUCUGUGGAAUGCUGAUGACUGGGCUACACAAGGUGGGCGUGUCAAGACUGACUGGACUCAUGCUCCUUUCACUGCCUCCUAUAGAAACUUCAAGGCCAAUGCUUGUGUCGCUGGCUCAUCUUCAUCAUCAUGCGGUGUCACCACUAGUGCUUCAACUAAUUCCUUAACUGAUCAACAGAGGUCAUGGCACAAUCAAGGUCUAGAUGCCGCAGGCCGAAACAGGAUUCGAUGGGUGCAGCAGAAGUUCAUGGUCUACAACUACUGUGCUGACCUAAAACGAUUUCCCCAAGGUCUUCCGGUGGAAUGUAGUCGAUCAAGGUUCUAG